AUGUCAAUAUCAUAUGAUAUAUCAAGGAUAAUUCAAAUACUGCAAAUUCCUUCUAGACUUCGUAGCAAUGAAGACAUUGCUUAUCUUAUGACUCACACAUCUAAAAUAGACUUUUUUAAAAAGAUAACUGAAGAACAAAAAUCAUCUGAAGUUCAUGAAUACUGCUGCCAAGUAAUGACAUUUGAGGAGCAUAAUCCAGAAGAUAUAAUAGUAAAUUUUGGUGAAAACGGAUCUAAUUUUUACAUUGUUCUAAAAGGGUCAGCUUCAGUCAAUAUUCCUACAAAGAAAAAGAUAGCAGUAAAUCUCAGAGAUUUAAAGAAAUAUAGACUUAAAACAUUUUUAUUAACGCUUUAUGAUGGAGAAGAUGAAGUCCCUGACCCCUCCCUUUAAAUAGGGACAAAAAAUUUUGUUCCAAUUCAAAGGGGGGUUUAAAAUAUAAAAUCUUUAUAAAAAAAAAUUAUAUAAAAUUUAUCGAAUUAGAUUAAUAAAUUUGUUUAAUAAAAUGCUAUUUACUCUUUAUCCUUUAAAAAAAAGCAGGAUAUAACUAAAUUCUCAUUAUUAGUUAAUACGCCUCUAUUAAUUGGCAUCAAACCUAUUUACACAAAAAUUAUUAUCUUUAUUGAUAAAAAAAAAAAUUUCGAAAAUUUAUCGAUCAAAGUGCUAAUUUUGUUUAAAUAAGAUAUUAUUUAUGCUCUAUUCUUUAAAAUAAACAAGAAAUAAGUAAAUUUUCAAUUUUUGUAAAGAAUUCGCAUUGAAUUAAUAUCAAAAUUUAUUUAAAUAAAAAAUAUAUUUUUAUUGAAAAAAAUAAAAAUUUUUAAACAAAAAAAAAAUUUAAAAUAUUUUAGCAAUUGAGGAUAAUAAAUUUAUUUAAUUAAGAUGCUCUUUAUGCUAUCUUCUUUAAACAAGAGCAAGAUAUAACUAAAUUUUUUAAUUUUAGUUAAGAAGAAACAUUUAACUUAUAUCAAGACUUUUUACAUAAAAAAUUAUGAUUUUUUAUAUAUAAAAUUUUUUAUUAUAAAAUUAAAUUUUGUUCAAUUUAAUGGUUAAUUUACCCAAAAAAAUGGAAAUUUUACCUAUAUUUUGUUCCAGUUUAAAGGGAGAAGUGAGAUAAAUCUUGACUUAAAAAAAAAGAAAAGAAGAGUCGGGAGAAUUUUCAAUGCGGUUGAUCUUAAUUCACUUAAUACUGCCAUGCAAGAAAAGAAAAAUGAAGACAAUGGUAAUCAGCAAUUGAAUGAAUUUUCUAAAAUAAACGAUCUAUUUAAAGACAAAAUUGAUGAAGAAAAGGAAAUAAUUCUUGGUUUUUUGUCUAACUCCCCCCCCUCCGUGAGUGAACAAAACCAUUAGAAAAAUCGCUAUUUUUUGCCCAAAAACCCACCCUCCGUGAGUGAACAAAAAUUUUUUUAAUAGAAAAUUUUUUUAUGGAAAAAAUUUUGAUAUAUAAAUAAUAAUUAGUAUAAUGAAAUCUAGAGCUAAUUCUGUUUAAUUUUAAACGAAUUGCUUUUUAAAACAUAAAUUUUAUAAAUUAAAUUAAUAUUUGCUUUCCAAUUUUUGCGAAUUUAGAUUUUUUUAAAUUUCGAAAAAAAAAAUUUUUUAUAAAAUUUAUAUAUAAAUUUUUUAAAAAAAAAAAUUGACCCCUCCGUGAGUGAACAAAAUUGUUUUGUUCACACAUGGAGGGGGGGGAAUAAGCAAAAUCCAGGAACAAGAUUUGUAGAAGUAGAAACUGAGAAGUUAAGUAAAGUUGCUAUCAUAAAUGAAGGCGGAUCCUUUGGAGAGCUAUCUUUAAUAAGUGAAAGACCUAGGGCUGCUACAAUUAUAGCAGAAGAAAAAAUAAUUUUAGGAGUCCUCUCAAAGGUAAACUUCAAAAAAAUUCUUGGAAAUCUAGCAGAAAAAAAGCUCAAUGAAAAAAUUAAAUUUCUUCAAACCUUGCCAAUGUUUUCGAAUUGAAGCAAAAUUGCUUUGUAUAAAUUAGGAUUCUAUUUUUCAAGAAUUUUAUAUAAGAAGCAUCAGUUUGUAUAUAAAGAAGGUGAUCCAGCUAACACUGUAUAUUUUGUAAAGUCAGGAGAGUAUAAGGUAAAAGUAAAUUAGAUUACAAAAAUCCAUAGUGAGCUAAAAGGGGUUGUUGAUACUUCAUCUCUUGGUUCUCAAACAAGCCGGCUAAGUAGUCAUAGCUCUGUUCUUAGACUAGGAAAAAUGAGGAAAAAAAGUAUCAAAAAGCAAUUGCAGUUAGUGAUCAAAGGAAAAAAUGAAAUGAUAGGAAUGGAAGAAGCAUUGGAGAAUUUUGAAAAAAGGAUUCACUCUUGUCAAUGCAUAUCUGAUGAAGGCGAGGUGUUUUGCAUAAGUAGAGAUGUAAUUAUCAUUUAGAAUUUGAAUAUUGGGAUAACUUAUCCUGAUACAUGAGCCCAAAUAAGAGAUAAACAUAAUGCAAAUUAUGCAUUUUAUAAACAAAGGGCCAUCCAAUUAACAAAAAUUGAAGAGGUAAAAAAAUCAUUCGAUUUUAGAUCAUUAACUCACCCCUCCAUAAGCUAAUAGCAAAAUCUUGUUCGCUUACGAGAGGGUUAAUUUUUUUUUAAAAAAUUAUAUAUAAAUUUUAUAGAAAUAAUUUGUUUUCGGAAUUUAAAUAUCCCAACUUCGCAAAAAUUGGAGAGCAAAUAUUCAUUUAAUUUGUAAAAUCUAUGUUUUAAAGCUUAAUUUGCUGCAAAUUAAAGAGAAUUAGCAAGGGAUUUCAUUAUACUAAUUAUCACUUAUAUAUCAAAAAUUUUUUCAUAAAAAUUUUUGUUAGCUCACUGAGGGUGGGUUUUUGGGCAAAAAAUAGGAAUUUUCCAAUGGUUUUAUUGCUCAUUGAGUGGGGGAGUAAGUAAAUUACCUGUUGAGCACUUGGAAAAAGAAAAAGAAGAAACUGAAAAAUUAAAAGAACCAAUUCCAAACAUUCAAGAAAAACUUAUAAAAGAUGGCCUUCCAAGCGUUUUAGAUAAACAACUUAAGCAUUCUUCAACACUAACAACCCCAAAGCAUAGAAGAUUUAGAUCAUCUCCAGGCCCAAGCCCAUGCCCAUAUCCAGGCACAGAAAGAGAAAAACCUAUAGAUUUGCCUAUCUUCAAAGAAGAUAGGCAAAUAGUUUUCUAUAAUAGAAAAAUUGACACUGGGACUCCAAUAUUUAAUAAUCUUAAAAGUCCGCAGGGUUUUAAUACUGACUCUAAAAGAAGUACUGAAACAAAUCCAUACGAAAAAUUUAUUGAUAAAAGAUUUGCUCCUCGUAAUUUUUUUAGCAAUUGUAAUUCACCAGCUUCUUCAAAUAGAAAAGCUGAUAGUGCGGAAGGAGGGCUUACUGCGAAGUUUAAAGAUUAUACAGCUAGAGUUUUGAGAAAAUACUCAGAUGAAAGAUAA